UAUGAAGGAAGUAUUUGAGAAAAUGGUAAAUGGAGAUUUAUGCAAUGAUAUUUUACAUUCUAAGUGCAAAUGUGGAUCUACUGAAGAUAAACACAACCUGAUGAGUCCUGGAAUUAACACAACGCAUGUACAGGCGACCAAAAUAAGCCCUAAAUCAGUGUCAUUUGUAUUGAUAUUGAACACGUGAAAGUUUUCUUACAAACCGUUCACAGUUUUCAAAUGGACGCUUCUUGCAGUAUGAAAUGUUCUCCAAUACCGAUAGCUAAAUACAGAGUAGCGGACUGCAAAAGGCACACACACAGGGACUGUUGUUCCACUCGAAGGCAGAACAGUUCGGAUCAACUGUGACAGACUCCGAACAAGCAAUUGUUAAUAGCACUUCGCUUUGGAUAAAACCAAUAUCAAUAUACAAUAAAUUGUAUAUUUUCACAUCAGAUGAUUUUUUAUAAUGUAUAGACUUAUUUUUAUUCAUGAAGUGAUAUGGAAAAUAAUUUAUUUGUGAAUGUUUCUUUUUUUGAGAAUCCGGGGGACUUGUUAAAUGGAACAAGCGGCAAUCAAACUGCAAUGUUAGUAAAACUCUCCGCGAUAAAGAAGCAAAACAGUGUUGUCGACAGCAGCAUCAUGUUCAGCAUGGGCGUGUUUGGGAACGCGCUUGCGCUCAUUGUGCUUCAAAGGUCCCCGGGACACCAGAAACGGAAAUUGUUCUACAGACUGGUUGCCGGUCUAACGAUCACUGACCUUGUGGGUACAACCAGUUUGAGUCCGUUAGUGAUUGCUACGUAUGUCAAUGAUUUCAAAUGGAUUGGUGGAAUUCAUGUGUGUAAAUACUUCGGAUUUAUGAUGGUGUUCUCCGGAGUUGCGACUUCUACAAUAGUGUGUUUAAUGGCCAUCGAAAGGUUGAUUUCCAUAAGACAUCCAUAUCUGUAUUAUGCUCGACUUCGCAAGAAGCAUGCUAACUAUUUUCUUCUCAGUGCCUGGACGUUCGCAGCGUCAGUUGCGAGCCUGCCUCUAGUUGGUUUUGGAGAAAUAGUUCUGCAGUAUCCGUACACUUGGUGCUUCAUAGACUAUUAUACCGACAAUAAAACCGAUCGAGGAUAUAAUUGCUUGUUUGCAUUCCUAGAACUUCUCAUGAUUACAGUAACGGUCACGUGUAACUGUAUAGUUCUGUAUACGCUAUUACGCACAAAGCUGCGCGGUCUGUCCGGCCGGAAGAAUAGUUUCACGGACUCUCGGACGUUCUCCGGCUACUCGCGGCGCUACGCGGAGUGUCAGAUGGCGGUGCUGCUGAUCGGUAUCACCGUGGUGUUCAGCUCCUGCUACCUUCCACUUAUUAUUCGCAUUGUACUAAACCAAACGAAGCUGCUUCCUGUGAACAUGCGCACUGAUCUGCUCAUUAUCCGCUUCGCCUCGCUCAAUCAGAUCCUUGACCCAUGGGUGUACAUCCUUUUGCGUCGCGAGGUCGUCUCUCGUCUCAUCUUUACCAUACGGACACUCGUCUCUGCCAAAACCGCUGAGGCACAGAUCAAAACCUUUCGCCGGCAAGACUCGUCGUAUUCCGCAAAGGACUCAAAUUACACGUGUUGCACUUUCUGUUUUCAUUGUUUAUGUGAUCCACCCCUGCAAAAGCGUGCUAUCACAGUGUCCGGGAAUCACGAUAGCGACUACAUGUCCGGGUCAAUGUCUCCAAGACUUCCGACUAACAAGCUCGCUAUUGGAGUUAUCCGAAAUGUGAUGCUUCCAAAUACCAGUAAUGACUCACCCGCCGCGUUAGCGAAACGCUCGCACGUUAUCGCCGGCCUAAAGCGUCAAGCAUCUGUUGAUUUAGAAAUUGUAAGUAACCCGCCUGAUAACCCAUGUGAUCCUUUAAUGAAACCUUUUGAAUCUAGCUACUGCGUUGCAGACUACAAAAUAAGUUAUUCAUACAAAAUACGUAGUGAUAAACUAUUGACUAACAUAGCAGAAGAAUCUGUUCGUGAAGAUAUGGACAGUCUGUAAACAUUUCCUGCCAAACAUUCCAGCCAUCUUUAUACUUAAAAAAAACUUGUAUAAAAUGUAUACUACAUCGUUGUUGCACCAUUGGUAAAUAUAUAAUUACUAUUUAAAAAACAAUUAUGCUUGUAAAGUAAUAUUUGCAUAAUAAUGCAUUAAUUUCAUAAACAUUUGUGUGAUUAUAAAUCCAAUUGUCUGCGUGUGUA